UUUAGCCCUGAAGCUCAGCCGCAGACCUUGUGCCGAGCUUUCCUGGCCUCAGUUUCCCCUACUUUCAAACAAGAGGAGUCAUGCUGUCCUAUUUCUGUUUUUUUUCCAAGCACACCGGCCCUGCACUGAUGUCUCUGCCCCGUGUGCUACAUAGAUGCACUGUCCCACAGUGUUUGGCCUCCAGGUAUCCUUUAGGUCCCCUACCAGCUACCGGUCGAUGUCUGGUGGCCUCCGUGGCCUCCUCCCAGGACACCCCUGGCCCUGCCAGGGUGCGGCAAAACUUUCACCCAGACUCUGAGGCUGCCAUCAACCGCCAAAUCAACAUGGAGCUUUACGCGUCCUACGUGUACCUGUCCAUGGCCUACUACUUCUCCAGAGAUGAUGUGGCCUUGUACAACUUCUCCAAGUAUUUCCUUCGCCAGUCCCUGGAGGAGAGGGAGCACGCGGAGAAGCUAAUGAGGCUGCAGAACCAGCGUGGAGGCCGCAUCUGCCUCCAGGAUAUCAAGAAGCCAGACCAGGAUGAUUGGGAGAGCGGGCUGCGGGCCAUGGAGUGUGCUCUGCUCCUGGAAAAGAGUGUAAACCAGUCGCUGCUGGACUUGCAUACUCUGGCCUCGGAAAAAGGAGAUCCUCACUUGUGCGACUUUCUGGAAACCCACUACCUGCAUGAGCAAGUGAAGUCUAUCAAAGAAUUAGGUGACCACGUGCACAACUUGGUCACCAUGGGAGCUCCUGCUGCUGGCCUAGCGGAGUAUCUUUUUGACAAGCACACCCUUGGAAAUGAGAGUAAGCAGUAAGGCAGAGACUGCCUUUCCAAUACCCCAGUGGGUCCCAAGACCUGGAGUUAGUGGUCGCCUGCUUUCUUGCCCUUCAAAUUCAACUCUGCCUUUUAUAUUCUCCUUUUUGGACUGCUUCUGACAGUGUUUUGUAGAGAUAAUAUGCUCAGCCCGGUGUUGACCACAGCUUUGUACCAACAUCAAAAUACUAAAUAUUUCCCCAGCCUAAAAGAUAGCUCAGAAUAUGUGGUAUGAAAAUAUGGAACACAAAACACUGAAAUUAGAUACAACAUCGUGCUCUUAGAAUAUAAUCAAAUGUUGUUCCUAACCACAAGCCUUAAUUGAAACUCCAUGAUUUUCAGUUCAACAAUCCGUACUGUCUUCAGGAUCUUACACACAAUGCUCAGUCAGGAAAAUAUAUGAUACAUAAAUAACCAUAAGACAGAGAAGAUGUAGAGCACUAUGAAAAUCACACAUGCAUAUUUUUGACAACUAUUCUGUUUUCCCAGUAUGCUCCAAGAAAUGGCAAUGUAUGGAGAUGACCUAGUAUUGGUUUUUGUUUUUUAAAGCUUUCAUGUCAAAUUUGGUAUUGGUUACAUCGGGUAUCAGUGGUGGUGUUGGACAGCUUUGUCAAUUCAUAUUUUAAGGGUUCUGAGAAGUCUUUCAAUUAAACAUACACAAAAAAAAUCAAAAA